AGGUGACCGCUCGUGGAGAAGCUGGAGGCCGCACAGUGCUGCUUCAGACGCCGACCAGGAUGCACGCUCUGUGGCUGCUCGCGACGCUGUCCGCGCUGCUGUGUGGGACGGCGCAUGCGCAGUGGAACCUCCCGCCGAGACGAGUCGGCAUCGGAUCCUCUUGCACACUGAAUGAUGGAAGACAAGGUGUAUGUAAGAAGUUUGAACAGUGCCGAGAGGCCAUUGAGGAACUACGGAAGGGGAUCCAGCCUACAACCUGCUUCUUCGAUGGUUUUGUGGCUGUCCCAUGUUGUCCAGUGAAAGGACUGUCAACUCCGUCAACACCUGGAACUCCUCCCAGAGUGACAACACCAUCAAGACCCAUACCAACUCCAACACGACAGCCAACACAAGGACAGCCAUCUUCAUGCCACGAUCCUAUAGAAAACUGGUCACCAAGUCCUGCAGAGGAACGAUCACUACUUCAGCUUGCCCAGCAGAAGUGUGUUGAGUAUCGGCAACAUGUUUACCAAUUGGUGCCGGACCCAAUUCUCAUAGAUAAUCCGGGACUCCUCAACCUGUCAACAUGUGGUAUGGACAGAGAACCACUCAUUGUUGGAGGUGUUCCAGCUUCUCCACGAGAAUUUCCACAUAUGGCUGUUAUAGGGUACGGUGAUGGGAAGACAAGCUGGCAAUGUGGUGGAAGUCUUAUUAGUAGCAGACACAUCCUUACUGCUGCUCAUUGUGUGACAUCUCCUAGUGCGGGGUGUGCUAGGCGAGUACUUCUUGGAGCCUUGUUGUUGAAUGAAACAAAUACUAAUACAGAACCCCAGGAGUUUAAUAUUGUACGUCGGAUACGCCAUCCAAGAUACAAUCCGCCCAAACGCUAUAAUGACAUUGCCAUUUUUGAGCUUGACCGUGAUGUAUCGUUUACUGGUUUUGUAAGGCCUGCAUGUCUGUAUGACACUUUUGCCCCUCCAGCAUUUGAUAAGGGCAUUGCCACAGGAUUUGGUCGUCAGGAUUGGCUUGAUAGAGAAGGUAGCAAUGAGCUCAUGAAAGUGACAUUGCCAUUUCAACCCUUCUCUGAGUGCAAUGGGACAUAUAGAGCUAACUUCAGGCUUCCAAACGGCAUAGAUGAUAAUGGUAUGCUUUGUGCUGGUGAUCCAAAGGGAAGCAAGGAUACAUGUCAGGGCGAUUCAGGUGGACCACUGCAGGUACGAGACAUUGAACACUGCAUGUACAAGAUAAUUGGAGUCACAUCAUUUGGGAGUUCAGUAUGUGGAGCUGAAAAUACACCUGCAAUAUACACAAGGGUUUCCAGUUAUGUUCCAUGGAUAGCAAAGAUUGUUUGGACUUGAUUAGUUUUAACUUUUGUACUGCUAAUUCAUUGUAAAAAAACUCAUCACAUAUGAAAGAAAACCUAAUAUUUUAUUAUUUGUUUCAUGUAAUAUGUAUUUAAGUGUAAAGUUAGUUUUUCAAAAGACUGAAUAUCAGUUGAUUAUUGCUCAAAUGUGAAUCCAUGUCAUGUAGAAUCAUUGUUAAGUAAUAUGAUGAAACUUCCUAGCAAAUUAAAGCUGUGUAUCAGAUUGACACUCCAACUUGGAACCUUGCCUUUCACAAACAGUGUUCUUGGAGGUAGACACUGGUAGAAAUAGAGCUGUAGGCUUGGGUCACCAGUCAUGACUGGACAGCUCAGUUGGCCAGAGAACUGCCCAGGAAACGCCAGGUUUCAAAUUAAAGCCCCAAUUCAGCAUGCAGUUUCAAUCUUUCAGGAAGUGUUAAAACAGUACACACUCUGUUGCAGAGUGAAAUAUUGUUUCUGGAAGGCAUGUAUAAUUUUUAUUGACUUGGUGCAAAAAACAAAGUUAUGAUUAAUUCUUCUUAGGCCAACACCUGCGUAAAGUUUUUCAUGCACUAUAACAGCUUGAGUCUUUUUACUUAUCACUUUCAUUGGUGUAUAUGUG